CUCACGACAGUGCAUUUGUGUGUUUUGUUUUUAUCGCUCAUUUCUUAUAAAACUUACGUUGACGAAUUCGCACCGCGAGCUCACUGCGUCUCAACAAAUUGAGUGUUUCAACAAAAUCAGAGAAAACCAGCUUGUAAAUAAAUAUUAGCGGUUGGCUUUCACAACACAAAGUGACCACAAAUCUAGUCUUUAGUCAAGCUUUCUGCUGCGCGCAUAUUCACUUUAGAUUGAUUACAAUAUUAAAAACUAUCAAACUGUAUUAUACGUAAUAAAAAUAAAAAAAUGGCUGCAUUCAUGAAAUUCUUAUCACUUUUACAAAAUCCCAGCGAAACUGAGCAAGAGGGAGAGCCACCAAAGAAUAUACUCGAAGACAAAACCAUCUUCCCGGACUUCAAAACUGGACCAUUGAAUAAAUAUCGUCAACUGUCAACUUUUUGCUACAAGCGCAUGAGUAUCCUGUUGGAGGGAGAGGAGCAUAUACGCCUGAAGCACCGUAUUUGGAGUUUUUUGGAGAAGCAUCCCGACUUUCAGCAUGACUUGGAAACUCCUUCGUUGGAACAUCAGCGCCAAUUGGCUAACAAACGCUGUCAAUUGCUUUGGGAUCAGCAGUUCUAUGGACUAAGUGACUAUGUUUCCGCACCUAAUCUCUCGCUGGCCAUGUCCCAGGGCAUGUUCUCGUACGAGUUCAGCUUCGCCGUCAAGUAUUCACUCUCGAAUUACAUGUUCCCGAGCACCCUUCUAUCGCUGGGCACCGAGCGUUUGGCCAAGUAUGCGGCAAAAAUUGGAAACAACGAAAUUUUGGGCGCCUUUGCGCUCACCGAGAUCUCACACGGCACAAAUGCGCGUGGCAUGCGCACGCGUGCCACUUACGAUCCGAAGACGCGCGAAUUCAUCAUUCAUACACCCGACUUCGAGGCAGCCAAGUGUUGGGUGGGCAAUUUGGGCAAGACCUGCACACAUGCGAUUGUAUAUGCGCAGCUGUAUGUGCCCGAUGACACGUAUCAGGGACUAAAUGCGUUCCUCGUGCCAAUACGCAGCGAACGCACGCUUUUGCCAUUCCCUGGCGUCACAGUCGGUGACUUGGGGGAAAAGAUUGGCUUGAAUGGCAUAGACAAUGGUUUUGUGCUGUUCAACCAAUAUCGCAUACCCGGCGAGAAUUUGCUCUCCAAAACCGGUGAUAUCGAUGAGCAAGGCAACUAUGUGAGCAAAAUAAAGGAUAGUCGGAAGCGUUUGGGCGCUUCUUUGGGCGCACUUUCGGCUGGGCGCGUGAACAUUUGCUCACUGGCAUAUGUCGCGCUCAGCAAAGCCAUCACCAUUGCCACACGAUAUUCUGCGUGCCGCAAGCAAUUCGGUCCAGAAGACAGCACUGAAGAGUGGCCUGUGCUCGAAUACCAAUCGCAGCAAUAUCGGCUGAUGCCACACUUGGUGACCAGCUACGCAUUACGCAUAUUUACCAUGUGGAUCGGCACCGCCAACAUAGAUAUGACCUUACGCAACAUAUCGGGCGAGGACACCUCGGACAAGGGCAUGGAAAUACAUGCCAUCUCAUCAGCAGCCAAGCCAGUAUGCACGUGGGCAGCACGCGACGGUAUACAGGAAUGCCGUGAAGCGUGUGGUGGGCAUGGCUACUUGAAGGUAGCGGGCUUGGGCGAUCUGCGCAACGACAACGAUGCCAACUGCACGUAUGAGGGUGAGAACAACACGCUUAUACAGCAGGCGUCCAAUUGGUUAAUAAGCCUGCAACGCAGUGAUGCAAAUUUUGAGAAAGUAUCGCCAAUGGGCUCCGUGGUCUUCUUGAAAGACAUGGACACGAUUUUGCGCACAAAGGCCGACGUACAUAGCGUGCAGGAGGCGCUGCAUCCUGACAACCUGCUGAAAUGCUUGAAUUGGUUGGUUGCCUAUCAGCUGGAUGUUACUGUGCGUCGUUUUGAGAGUUUGAAGAAACAGGGCCAGAACGCUUUUGAAACACGCAACAACAUACAAGUCUUCAACGCACAACAACUGUCCAUUGUCUAUGCACAGCGCACAAUUUACUUUGUAUUCCACCGCUUCGUAAACGAAUUGCCGCUAUCAGCUGAGAAAAAGGUGCUCACACAACUUCUGUCCUUCUUUGGCGCGCAUUUGAUUACAAAGUACAUCGGCAUCUUCUACCAAGGGGGCUAUUUCCAAGGUAAUACGCACACGGAACUCUAUCAGCAAGGACUUUUAGAGCUGCUGCCGGUGCUGAAGAACGAGGCGAUAUCGCUGGUCGAUGCAAUCGCGCCAACUGAUUUCAUCCUCAAUUCGCCGCUCGGCAUGAGUGAUGGCAAUGUUUAUCAGCAUUUGGAGCGCUCCAUCGUGCUGGCGCCAGGCGUUUUCGAACGGCCCAGCUGGUGGCGCGAUGUCACCUACAAGGAGUACUUGCAGAAGGCGAAAUUGUAGAUUAG